AUGAUGGAAAUAGCUCAGAAGUUGAAUUGCUUGACUUGGCUGGAAGAGGAUUUGGGUACGUUACCUGAUGGCAGAGAAAUUGUAGUUAAAAGGCUCUCAAGAACUUCCAGCCAAGGACUAAGAGAGUUCAAGAAUGAAGUCAUUUUAAUUACAAGGUUACAACAUAUGAAUCUUGUCAAACUCUUGGGUUGUUGCUUGAAGCAAAACGAGUCCUUGCUCAUCUACGAGUGCAUGCCCAACAAAAGCUUAGAUGUCUUCUUCUUUAAUUCAACUAUAGGCAAGUUGCUAGACUGGAAGAGACGCUUUCUCAUAAUUAAUGGAAUUUCUCGAGGCGUAUUAUAUUUGCAUGAGGAUUCUCGACUUAGAAUUAUUCAUAGGGACCUUAAAGCUAGCAACGUUUUGUUGGAUCAAGAGAUGAAUCCCAAGGUAUCGGAUUUUGGAAUGGCAAGGAUUUUUGGUGGAAAUCAAAGUGAAGCCAACACAAAUAGAAUUGUUGGAUCAUAUGGAUAUAUGACUCCAAAGUAUGCUAUGGAAGGAUUAUUUUCUGUUAAAUCAGAUGUUUUUAGUUUUGGGGUUAUUUUGCUCAAGAUACUAAAUGGGAAGAAGAAUAGUGAGUUUCAUCUUUUUGAGCACGGUCACAGCCUCCUCACUUUUGCAUGGAAAUUAUGGUCUGAAGGUCAUGGAUUGGAGUAG